AUGUCCCUCGUCGUAUCUCCUCCAUACCAUUCCCGCCCAUCCUCGAAAGCUUUCAUCGAGGGCUACACAUCUUCUAUACGUCCACAUCUAGCGUACAGUGCGCCCAUGGACCCCUUCGCCCCUAAUGGACGAAACUACCCAGAUUCUAGCGACCAACAGCGCCCAAAAGACUUCACAGCUACAACCACCACCAACGUUAUGUGGGAUUAUAUGGCGUCGAAUGCUUCACCAACAUCGCCUCCUCUCCAGUAUCCCGAUCAACGCCGGGUCCGCGACGAUAGGCUGUGGUCUGCACAACAUGCGAUCCCUUAUGCAUCGACAGCUCGCCAAGGAAACCAUUCAGCAAGCACAGGUCCUGACGCCGCCUGGUCAAACCAGAACUUUUCCUCGUCUAACGAUCACGGCCUAGUCUUGUCUCCAGAUAUCCCAUCCCCAUCGUCUGGCAGCUCAUCGUAUCAGGGGUGGGAUUUUGUUGAUUCACAAGCAUAUCCCUCUCCCUCCAGCGUGGGGAGCCACAACGAGUUCUUUGUGGACUUUGACUUCCCUCACACUCUUUCUGCUGAAAACUUGACACUGCCUUCGCCUGACCGCCUUCUGGUGCCACCAGCUCCUUCGCCCAAGCUCAGUAGCUCCGCUCCAUCCUCGUGCCUAUCAACUCCAGCAUAUCGGAGCACACAAUUAUCAGAUCCACCCAACGAGAAAUCUCGUGAUAUGUCACCGAGUGGGAGCAUGGAUGAUCCCCAAAAUUCACGUCGGCGAUUCCCUUGCAUUGUUGCCGGCUGUUCGCGGCGGUUUACGAGUCAAUACACGCUGAAGGUCCACGUUGAGGCGCACAAACCCAAGCCUCGCGUUUCCUUCCCUUGUACUCUGGGCUGCUCUGAGCGGUUCUCGAGGCAACACGACAGGCUGCGUCACGAAGUCGCUAAACACGGCAAAGUCUGCGAAUUCUCGUGCAACGAAUGUGGACGGUUCUUUUCCUCUCAAAAGACGCUUGGGAAUCACAAGUGCCCGGUAGCGCAGGGUGGGACCCGAUGGGUCAACUCAUGA